UGUAAAAGAAAAUGUAUGUUUUGUUGACAUUUUUACAACGUUACACUGUUGGCUAGAAUGUAUCGAUAUAUUUUCGAUGUUUGAUGGAAGUUUUGUGACACAUCCCUCUCGAGAUUUCUGAUGUCAUUCGGGAUUUGGGAGUAAAAUGGCGGUUGUGACGGUCCAAGCACUCUAUGAUUUCUCUGGAGAACCAGGCACAGCUGAACUUUCAAUUAAAAGUGGAGAUGUCCUCACUGUUACUCGGAAAGAUGUUGGUGAAGGGUGGUGGGAGGGUAAAACCCCUUCAGGACAGACAGGACUCUUUCCUGCAGCCUAUGUUCAAGAAAUAGCCGCUAGUCAGCCUCCAGCAAUGCCGCCUCCUCCAUUACCUGAUACAUAUAAUAAUGAUGACUGGGGAGACAACCAAACGUCAGCUAACUAUGCAAAUACUCCUCAGAACUAUGAUGCAGGUGAUGACUGGGAUGAUGAGUGGGAUGAUGAUUCUGAAAGUGGUAGUAGACCAGCAAUUGGGCAUCAAGGGGUUGCUGGUCCCAUUUCACAGGUGUCUAAGUCUGGCAGUGCUGGGGAUGUAAGCUCAAUUGGCCGUUACAAUGAGGGCAAAGGAACAGUGGGAAAGAAAAAUUUUAACCGGUUUUCGUCUUUUGUGAAAUCUGGUGGUGAGAGUUACAUCUUGGGUACUUUGCAAGUUGCUGUUCCUGAUGGUUGUAAAGUAUGGGUUGUUGAUGGACAUGAAGGGCCAAUAUGGAGUCCUAAUCCAGAACCCUAUUCAUGUGUUGUUGCUCAACCAAAAAAGGAAACCAAGCUGAAGGGACUCAAAAGUUUUAUUGCUUAUCAAUUAACUCCAUCUUUCAACAACAUUCAAGUCUCAAGGCGGUACAAGCACUUUGAUUGGCUGCAUGAGAGAUUGGAGGAAAAGUUUAGCCUCAUACCCAUUCCACCCCUACCCGAUAAACAAAUUUCUGGCCGGUAUGAAGAACAGUUCAUAGAACACCGCAAAAACCAGUUGCAAUUGUUUGUUGAUAGUGUUUGUCGCCAUCCAGUUUUGUCAAGGUGUGAAGUAUGGCAGCACUUUUUAACCUGCACAGAUAAAAAUCGCUGGAAACAAGGCAAGCGGAGAGCUGAAAACGAUAAGCUUGUAGGGGCAAAUUACUUUUUUGCUCUUCAAGCCCCAGAAGCUCCAAUUACACUUUACACAUUAGAAUUAGAGACGGACAACUGUGCAAAAUUUGUCCAAGGGAUGGAUGGAGCUGUUAAAAAUUUAUUGGCUACUGCUUAUGAUCAAAGCAAAAAACACCAGGGACCAUAUAAAAGAGAAUAUCAGCGCAUUGGACAGGCAUUCACCAGUCUGGGACAGUCAUUUGAGGAACCUGCAUCAAGUCCAAGGGCUAAUCUAAGUGUAGCCAUCAAAAUGACAGGAGAGGCUUAUAAUGAGAUAGGAAGACUAUUUGAAGAACAACCAAAAUUAGAUUGGGAACCCCUUGGUGAUGUGUUGCAUCUCUACAGAGGUAUCAUCGCCUCUUUCCCUGAUAUUCUUACUGUUCAUAAGGGUGCUCUUCAAAAGAGAAGAGAAUGUGAGAAGCUAACAGCAGAUCAUAAGAUGGAACAAACUCAAUUGACGGAGGUCACAAGGCGCACUGAUGUUGUGUCAUACGCUCUGCUUUCUGAAAUAAACCAUUUCCACAGUGAAAGGGCAGAAGAUUUCAAGCAAGGCAUGAAGAAGUAUUUGAAUGAGCAAAUCCUAUUUUAUGAGAAGAUUGUACUAAAACUAAAGGAAGCAGUUGCAGUGUAUGAGGACUGAUUUGAAAGUACAGAAUGUAUUUUUACAACGAAUUUCUAGAAAUGGAAGGUAAUUCUAAUCAAAAUGUUGUCUGUUUAAAGAAAACCAAUUAUUUUUUACCUCAUUGAGAACUAGUUGCUAGUUUGUUUUGUGCAAUGUUUGAAAAGGUUUUAUCAGAAUCUUAGCGUUUGAUGAAAUAGUCAUGUUUAAAGAAUCUUAUAUUUUUCACUAUUUGGUGCCAUUCUUUAUCACCACUUCAUUCCCAUUAGAGUAUCUGAAAGGUUUGCAAUGGAGUGAAUUCUCAUAUUGUUUUUGCUGGAUACUGCAAUGAAAUGCUGAUAGUUUUAGUUACAAACCUGUGAACAAAUGAAAUGAGGGUAUUAUUGUUAUACAUUCCACGAAAUUUUGGUAUCAAAUUCUGAUUUAAUAUGCUAUUGAGGUAGUUGUAAACGAAGAAUGAUGAAAUGAACUUAUAUCUGUAUGUACCAAUCCUAAUAGUAUAAAAAGUUGAUUAAGUCCACCAAGGUUACCAUCUUUUAUGUCUAUGUUGCAUGUUUUCAAUUUUGCUUUGCUUUCUCAAAUUAUGCAUGAAUCAGUUUAUGCAUCUGCAUAUACUUACGUGUUUGACUUUCUUCACCUCACUAUCAUUCUUUUAUAUUUUAGUCAAUCGUACAGUAUAAUUGAUGUACCUAUGUAUUCUGUUAGCACAGUUACUUCUCAUGAUUUUGUAUUUCCAUUCCUGAGACUUACCAACUGAUAUUUUUAAAUCUAUGGAUUUAUUACAGUCAAACCCUGUUAUAGCGUUUCUGGAUAUAGCGUUUACCCUCUUAUUACGUCGCGAUUUUCUAGAACCAAAAUCCAAUAUUCCAUGCAAACUAACUCGUUUAUACCGUUUUCCCGCUUAUAACGUCGCGAUUUUGCUUCCCCGAGGUGCAACGCUAUAACGGGAUUUGACUGUAAUUGUAAGCUUAGGCAGUGAUCAACAUACUUCAAGUAUUUUGUUUUACAUAAAGUAUUUUACAUAUGAAUUCCAAAAAUUUUUCUCCUUUUAAACUGUGAGACUUGAUGUUGUGUUUCAUUAGAAGAAAAAUGUAAUGUGAACACUUCUGUACUCUUUUCUCAUUACUGUAUUUGAUGUGCUAUGUAUAUUUUUUGAUUUUGAAGGUAAGAAAAUGGUGCUAUUUUUUUUUUUAAACCAACAAACUUAGCACUUUACUAUCAAGUGCUUUGUAUUUAAAAGGGAUCCAUCAUGAGUCUUGUAUUACCCUUUAAUUUUAUAUGAUUUAUUACUAUUUACUAUUGCUUCUGUGUUCAUAAUUUGAUAUAGUUUGAACUUAAGAUGCUUUAUUAUUGGACCAAAUGUCAACUGUAUCUAGGGUAUAAUUUUCAAUGAAAUUUUGUGAACCUACCUGAUUUUGUUUUACUUUGUUCGUAAAAGGUUUCUGAGUUGGUUAAACGUAGGGUGGGUAGUCAGGAUGAGGAUACAGAAAUUUGGGAAUUACACGUUAUGUUAUGUGGUACGACACUACAGACUCUUGGGAAUUGAGUCGUAAGUGCAGUGUUUGGGCUAUGUUGUAUGCUGUUUCUACAUGAACCGUACUGUUUUGCUUUAAAAACAUACUUGUCUCGGUGCGUCAUGUUUGUGAUAAUACCUAAAUCUCUUUACCAAACAAUAUGUUUGCUGGUUGCAAACAUAAUUUUGUAGGCUGUUAAUACCUACUUAUCAAAGUUAAAUUUCUUGAGACUGAGAAUAAGACCUCAACUUUAGGACCAAGAAUAGCAAUAGACUGUGAGUCACUGUAUUUAAUAGUUAUCUUAGCCUCACUGAAGUAGUGUACUUUUUGCUGUGUUCAAUUCCAUUAGUGUCUUUCUGAAAAUAAUUCACUCUUUGGUAUCAUCCUAAACAUUUUGCUUUCAACUAGUCCCUGGCUUCUCUGUCAAAACUCAAUAUUUGAAUUCUGCAAAUGAGUGUUAUUCUUAUGUCCCUCAUUGGAGUCUUUUGUCUGUUUCAUCAAUGCUUCUUUAUUAAUAUCACUCACCAUUAAGUAUUGCAAGUGCUUAUUUCAUCGUUUAAGGUAUGCAUGACGUCUUGCAAAUCUUUGCUCAUUAGGAAACAGCAUGUCCCGAAUAAGUUGAGAUUAAACAACUGUUCUAACCGAAGUGCUGUGAACAUUUUGUCAGAUACGUGUGUAAAUAUAAUAAUGAACUGUA